AUGGCGUCACACCCGUAUUUAUCCCACUUGGUCUCUCUAUUAUCUGCGUUUGAAACCCCCGCUGGAGACAGCCCUCCUCCGGAGUACACUGGACCCUCAGAUUGGCUCAUUGAUGCCAUCGAGAAAGGAGUCCGCGACCUGGCCAAUCGAGCCGCCCGAGCAGAAUACACCUUA